UUAAAUUCUUGUGAAAAUUACACCAUCCUUGUGUAUAAAUUGAAUCUUUAACAAGUAAUAGAAUUUUCAGAAUGUACACAAGCUGAAUUAUUAAUUCCUACAACGCUUUGAUAAAUUUAUCAGUAGUAUUGAUGACUAAUACCUAUAUUAAUUUGUGUAAUACUUAGAUCUCUAAUCGAUAGUCUGAAUCCAACUUAAACUAUUGAACAUUGAUAUCCAUAAACUUGAACACUUAAGCAUUUUUACAACACAAUUGAUGUAUUAAUACUACCUGUUGAGAAAACACUGUAGGUAGUAAAUACUUGUAAAUCUAUUCCCUCACAUACUUUCAGCACUUUUACAGUCAUGUUUUUUAUAUUUUUAAAUGCAAUACUUUUCUGGUACAACCAAUCUUAUUUAGUGUUUAAAUCCAAUAAUUUUCAAGGACAUGCACAUAUUUGUACUACGCAUAAUGAUCACUAAACGUUGUGCUCUUCUUAGUCAAAUAUUAACAAAACCUCAAUAUCAUUAUAAUGAUGCAAUAAUUACUACUGGUAGUAACAGUAGUAGUAUAAAGCUGUUUAAAUGCUUCAGUUCGGAGUCAUUUAAAAAGUUAUUACCAGAUGAAGCAGCAACUGACGAAAGAAUUACUGAUGUGAAAGCGAAAUAUCCCAACCAACCUUCAUAUCGUUUUGUACCUUCAAAACCGAUAUGGAAACGAUUUGAUGUUGGCGAUCAGAACGGAUUAGAAACGGAAAAUAAUGUAUCAUGUGAUGAAGAUUCUGUAUCAAUUGACGAUGAAGGUGUGUACUGUAUUCAUCGCAGUACUCUUCCAGAGAGGACACAAUUGGAUUUAAAUUCAGUGAAAUUACUUGAACAAGUAUCACUUGUAGAUUUCAAAGGUGAAGAAAGUUUAAAAAUUCUUGAAGAAGCUAUUCGUUAUGCUGACUGUUUGUUGACAAAAGAAGCCUUUCAUGGAACAACAAAUGACCAGUAUUUAAGCUUUGAUAAUACUGACCCAAUAAUUAGUCUUUGUGAUGAAAUCAAUCCAGAUUGGAGUUGUCCCUUACGUGAUGAUGAUGAUGAUGAUAAUGCAUCUGUUGAAGAUAACUGUUCCCUGGCUAGUCAUAUUAUGCAACAUGUUCCGGAUAAAUGGGAAGGUUAUAUUGUUGCUCCAUUGAGUACUGCUCCUGUUAGUGAGGAUGAAACUAAUCACAAAAGUUCGAAAUAAUAACAACAGCAAUAAUAUUUUGUAUGGUAAUAGUAUGUUAUUCUGUAAGCACAACAACGCAUGCACACAUUGAUUACUUUUGGUCAACCAAUGAAAAAAAUAAAUUGAAUUUGCCACGUUUUUUAAUUGUCGAAUAUUUAUGUUCUA